AUGACUGAGGUCGGAGCCGCCGAUCUAUCAAGGCUGCUUCAAACAAAGCGCAAUGAGUGCAGUUCAAUUGUGACGUCGCGGAAGCGCAAGCUGCGCGAGCUGUUCGCAGUUGCGACACAGUCCGAGGGUCUCCCACACCCAGUCUUGACCAACCCCGACGCGCCGACCACAACACCAGCAGAAUGGCAGUUCUUGCAAGCCAACGAUAUCAUCCAAGGCAAAACGCUGAACGAAGCCAGCAUCCCAGCGAGACCACCGAUCUCGCUUGAACUCUUCAAAAAGUCUCUGGCAAAAGCCAUAUUCAUUGCGCCCGAGCCCACGCCGAAACGGACGCUCGAGGAUGCGAGCAAACCUGAGACUGCGAAUGUGCAGAACAAAGAACAAUCUAAUGGAACUUACCCGCCUCCCAAAGUUGGCGAUGCACCUCCAAAACGAACGCCGAGCCCUCCGCCUUCGACAGAUCCCGCCACGACCGACAAAGCGAGCUCUCUUCCUACACCGACAAGCCAACCUGUACCCCUACCUGAGGAUGCGAUUGUAGAGCCGACCUUGACGACCAGUCCUAUGACCCAAACCGCUACUGAUACCAACGUAAAUCCAAAAUCGAAAGCGGAGGAUAUACCCAAUGCCUCAGAGGCCUCAGACACACCUGCACCACGUCAACCUCAAGUUACUUUUGAAUCGGGGACAAAGGGAGAAAAUACUAGGCCAGGUGUAUCGACGGCGGAGAAAACAAGUCGAGGGCCCAGUACUUCAUCCGAUGCUAGAGGUGGCGCGUUGACAGUCAAGCCGCCCACAGAUGCCGCUCGUGCGCCUGAUGCCUUGUCUUCACCUGGUUCAACUGCACAAAGCGCAACUACGCCCGCGGUUCACGACGAUGCUUCGACAGACACAAGCCCAGAGCAUGAGGGACCACAGUUUGUGGAGCCAGCCGAAGAGAAAAUGACCAAGGAUGAGGUAGACGAGGGGGUUCAUGAGAAAGAUGAUGAGAAAGAAUCGAGUCAUGAUGUUGAGGCUACUUUGAACCAAGACAUACAAAAUCGUGUGCUGGAAGCACCCCCUGACUCUGCUGAAGCUCAAUUGCUGCAGGAAUCUAUACGAUCGAGUGUUGCGGCGGAGGCAACGGCAACGGCAACGGCAACGGCAACGGCAACGGCAACGGCAACGGCAACGGCAACGGAAACAGCAACAGCAGCGAGGACUGGCCAGCAAACAAAACCCGUCACUUCAGCGCCAGUUUCGGAAGAUGUUAAUAUGUCGGGUGCCAAUGAUGUUGUUCAACCGAUUGCAUCCAAUGCUAACGAACAAGUCAAAGAAGACAGUACUCAGGCUAAGUCUGAUAUCGAUAUAGCACGAGUCAACGCAUUCGAGAACUCAGUUGAAGCGCCAGGCAUUAAAGAGAUUCCAGACAGUCAAGAGGAGCCCCCUGAGCAGAUGGAUGUGGAUGUUCCUGAGCCCAAAGCAACCAUUCAAGCUCAAACUCAAAGUCAAGAGGUUAAAUCAGAUGGGAGUACACAGGCUACCGAGAAAGCCCCGUCAACACCUACGCCAGCCCCCAUUUCUGAUGUUGCCACUGUACCUGUGGAGUCGGCACCCAAAGAGUCCCCCCCAAAGGUUGAGCGCGCUGUUACUAGAGUUUCCUCCGGGGCGAUGCGCCCAAAGUCAGUCAGCGAGAUUGUCGGUGCAACUCCUCGACAAACCCCGUCCUUAGAGCAUACUUCGACCAACAAAAGCCUGGACAGUCAAUUGACCCCCUUGACUUCGACACCCAAAUCGCCAAGCUUAAGACAUCGCCAUAUCUCUGCUCAUCAAAGGCAGAGGUCACGAAGCCAGCCCUCGACUGUUGUUUUCGGAAAGCAAUCCAAGAAAGCAGAUGAACGAUCGAUAGUGGCCAGUCAGCGUGAUCCUAUCAUACCGACCGAGGACUACUACACUCCCCUUUUCGUCCAGGGAUUCGCUGGCAGCUCCUCCUGGAUGCAGCCCAUUGAGAAGAUAUUGUACACUGCCAACAAGACCGUGACUACCCCUGAUGCCAAUCUUGCCAUUCAGGACCAUCAGGCUUGUAAAGUUCUGCGCCGGGUUUACCACUUGCAGCAGCAUGACAAAUGGUCUCUACGGCAACCCAAGCGCUGCCCGGAGCCAACACGCCCCCCGUCACACUGGGAUGUCAUGCUACAAGAAAUGAAAUGGAUGCGAACUGAUUUCCGAGAAGAACGCAAAUGGAAAAGGGCUGUUGCAAAAAACCUUGCAUAUGCUUGCGCAGAAUGGCACGAAUCUACCCCCGAAGAGCGAAAACUGAUGCAGGUUUCUGCUGUGAUACCCCCAAAGACACAGCCUGCCCCUGACGUUUCGAUGGCUGAUGUUGAGGGCGAAAAUCAACUCACACCUGAUCUUAUCUCAAGCGGAGACGUCGAGUCUAUUGAUAACCUGGAUGAUUUAACUGAGGAUUUCCCUGAGACGAUAGCACCGUCCGCCAUCUUCUCCCUGCAAGACGACGAUGUUAUCUUUGGACUUCGUCGAACAGCUGCUGCAGACCAACUUCUGGAAGAGCUACCCAUGUUUGGAAAGCCUCUCCAGGUUCCCAAAUUUGACCUUACAGGUCCUGAGUGGGAUCCUGAUGCUCAUUGGCGACGGCCAGCUCUACCACUGAGCAAGUAUGUUGAAGGCCACAUGAAGUUAGUUUCAGAUGGUCCCCCAAGGAAGCGUAGCCGAUAUGAUUACCAGAACGAGGAUUCUGAUGACGAGGGCGAGACUGGUUUUGUCACCAGUGGUCCUUCACCCAGCCUUCCUCUACCACCAGCUACUGAUGAGGUGGCCCUAUUUAACCCCGAGAUGAAGCAUAUUCGCGAUCGCCUCUAUGUUGGCCAUCAGUUCCGACCGCCUUCGGAAUAUCCCAUGCCGUUACAGAGCUUCUUCGAAUGCAGAAACCCCUCUCAGUGGACAAUCAACGAGGAUGAUGAACUUCGAAAUCUUGUCCGGGAAUACUCUUACAACUGGUCCCUUAUUGCCAGCAUGUUAGCACCCAAAUCUCGCUUUACUUCGGGUGCUGAGAGACGGUCCCCGUGGGAAUGUUUUGAGAGAUGGAUUUCUCUCGAAGGACUUCCAGCCGAUAUGUCCAAGACCCAAUAUUUCAAAGCCUACACAGGACGUAUUGCCGCCGCCCAGAAUUUCAUUGCACAGCAAAACCAGCUCGCGUUACAGCAAAUUAACCCAGCCAAUGGCGCAGUCACGCCUGGACGGAGACGCCCUCCGUCAACUCCCGUCAGAGUGGAGAGACGACGGAAUCAGAAGCACCUCACACUUCUUGACGCAAUGCGUAAGCUGGCGAAGAAACGGGAGACAGCUGCUCAGAAGCAACAGCACACAGCUUCGCAGAAUGCAGCCAAUAAAAAGGUCAAUGAUCCUGCAUCACAACGCACCAACAAGACACCGAGAGACUACAGCAUCAUGCGACAUGAGCGAGACCAAGCUCUGGCAGAAAAGAUGGCGCAGUAUGCGUCAAAGCAAGAAGCUCAAAGACGAGCUGCCUUGCAAGCCAGGGUUCAAGGUCCAGCCCAGAUGGCUGGCACUCCUGGAGCUGCGCAUGUCGGUCAAAAUGCAGCUCAAGUUGCUGCCGCUGCCGCCGUGGCAGCAGCCAAUGGCAUGAAUGGUGUUGGCCGACUUAAUGUACCUAAUCAGCUUGCUGUUGCCGCCGCCGCCGCCGCCGGCCAAGCUCGUCCUAGAAUGCCCAUGCAAUCUCCUGCUCCCAAUGGCAUGGGGGCUGUUCCGUCUCAAAUGGCUGGCGGGCUCGUUCCACCUAAUCAGAUGACGAGUGCGCAACAAGCCCAAUUGCAAGCAAUGCAAGGACAACACAAUCGCAUGCCCAUGCCAAAUCCCCAGCCUGACGUCAACUUGAUGAUGCGUGCACAGCGCAUCUCUGAACAACAACGUCUGGCACAGAUGCAGCACGCUCAAGGCGGCCCUGGAGCUCCUGGCCAAGGGGCGAACGGUUCCCAGCAGAGUCCCCCCUUGAAUAUGCGAAAUGGUGUUAACGGCAUCAACGGGGCCAAUGCAAUGAACCAGCAGAACUUCAUAAAUAACGCCCAGGCUAUGAUGGCCCAGUUCAACUCCGGUAACCUCGGCUCACCACAGGCCAAUGGUCUUCAUAUGCCGGCUGGUCCUGCUGGCUCAAUAGCCCCACGACCACAAGCACAGCUGCCUCCUAGUAUUGCCGCUCAGCUUGCUCAGCUCGAGGCCCAGUUUCGUACUAAGAAUCCGACACUACCCCCUGAUCAGAUUCGCCAAAUGGCAACAGAGCAUCUAACACGCCUUAUGAUGGCUCAGCGCACUGCUAUGAACUCUGCUGCUGGUACGGCAAAUGGCCAAGGCGGACUUGCUGCUAGCAUCGCCGCCACGACAAGCCCUCAUCAAUACGCCGCGUUGCUUCGCCAACAGCAACAGCAGCAGGCAAGUCAAGCGGCUGGUAGCCCUGGGCAACAACACCAGCAACUUCACCAGCAGCAUCAACAAGCGAAACAACAGCAGCCUCAACAACAGCAGCCUCAACAGCAGCAGCAAGGGCAAGCCCAGGCUCAGGCCCAAGCUCAGCAACAACAACAACAACAACAAAGGCAGGCAAGCGGCAGCGCUACACCGUCAGCAGGCUAA